UGUCAAUUAGUUAAUUAGUUCACCAGGAUUUAUAAGUUGGUUGUUUUUCUGUAUUCGGACCAUACACAGAGAAAGCCCAAGAUGAUGAAAAUGUCAGCGAUCUUUUGUUUGCUGUGUCUGGUUUUGUUCAUACGACCGGGAUUCUCGAAAACCAUCGACUACAAGAUAACUAUAAAAACUGGUGAUGUAGAUACUGCCGGCACCGACGCUUCAGUUUUCAUAACCAUUUUUGGCUCUAGUGGUUCGACAAAAAAACAUUACUUACCUGGCAGCUUUGAAAGAGGAGACGUGGACACUUUUAUUAAGGUUAAUGACGAAAACGUCGGACAAAUUCAAUCUAUUGAGAUUGGACAUGACAACGGUGGUACUAAGCCUGGUUGGUACCUGGAUUAUGUUACAAUAGAUCAGCCAGUAGCCGCUAUAAGUGACAACAACUUUAAGCCUGGCUUCACUCAUUACCUGUUCAGCUUCAAUAACUGGAUCGCUGCCGACGACGGAGACAAGUCACUGGUCAAGAAGGUUAAUGUUACACGGGCUGAUGUUUAUCAAGGAUCCUCGAAAGACAUCGAAUACAAGAUAACUAUAAAAACUGGUGAUGUAGAUAAUGCCGGCACCGACGCUUCAGUUUUCAUAACCAUUUUUGGCUCUAGUGGUUCGACAAAAAGACAUUACUUACCCGGCAGCUUUGAUAGAGGAGACGUGGACACUUUUAUUAAGGUAAAUGACGAAAACGUCGGACGAAUUCAAUUUAUUGAGAUUGGACAUGACAACGGUGGUACUGACCCUGGUUGGUACCUGGAUAAUGUUACAAUUGAUCAGCCAGUAGCCGCUAUAAGUGACAAAAACAUUAAGCCUGGCUUCACUCAUUACCUGUUCAGCUUCAAUAACUGGAUCGCUGCCGACGCGGGAGACGACCCACUGGUCAAGAAGGUUAAUGUUGCACGGGCUGAUGUUUAUCCAUAUUGAUGUUUUAAAGAUGAAGAUUACACUGAUUUCAAUAAUAUUAUGAGAACUGUUUAGGAAAUGCUGUUUCAAAUAGUCAAAUACAAUUAUUGAACAUUC